AUGGCGAUUCUCCAACAACAGAAUGAAGAAAUUGCGCAGAAGAGAAUAUUGGCUAAACAGAAGGCAAAAGCUAGACAAAGUAGACCCAAAACUCAAAAAAAGGAUUAUGUUGAGUCUUUUGGUUCUUCUGGUGGGCUGCUACUAAUAAGGGAUGAUGAGUUUUUUAAAAUUAGAAAUUCUUAUAAAGGUGAGAGAUGGUUGUGUGUUGAAGGGGUUAUAAUGAAGAAUAACUACAAUUGUGCUUUUAUUUUGGUUUAUGGUGCACUUGAUAGAAAUGAGAAGCUUGUUAUGUGGGAGGAGCUGUGCUACAUAGCCGGUUUAUGUCAGGUUUCCUGCUGUUUCAUGGGGGACUUUAAUGAAUUUGUACAAGUGGCAGAAAGACGCGGCACUGAUAGAUUAACCCCGUCGGCGGAAGAGUUCAAGAGCUGGGUACAUGACAUGGGUUUGGUAGACUUGCCAAUUACAGAUCGUAAGUUUACAUGGUUCAGAGGACGAUCUUGUAGUCGUAUUGAUAGGGCACUGGUAAGCGUGGAAUGGCUUGAGGAAUUUUCGGAGACUCGACUACGAGGUGUCCCAAGGGGUUUGUCUGACCACUGUCCUAUUAUAGUGGAAGAUAAGAGGAUCAGAGAUGGACCGAGACCGUUCAGAAGUCUUGACUCAUGGUUUACGCAUGAUGGUUUCCUGAGGAUGGUAAAGGAGGAAUGGAGAGGAUUAGGCGGCGUGCAAUUCACAGAUAAAUUGAAGACUCUGACAAUUCCACUGGGGAGAUGGCAUAAAGCCAAUUUUGGCCACAUGGACAAGAAAAUUCUGAAGUUUGAGGAAGAGAUUAAGAAGAUUGAUGACAUGGUGGGUGAAGGGAUUUAUGAUGGAACUGUGGAGGCAAGAAGGAGGGCGCUUAUAGCAUGCUGUGAGAAAUGGUAUGUGAAAAAAGAACUACAUUGGAAACAGAUGUCACGCUCAAGACAUGUGAGGGAUAUUGAUAAGAACACGAGGUACUUCCACAACCUAGCUUCGACAAGAAGGAGAAACAACAGGAUUGAUGCACUGGUCAUUAAUGGAAGACUGAUAUGGAAUCAAGCUUGGAUUAAGAUUGCGAUUAGGAAUUUCUACAAGGACUUGUAUCAUCAGGAGGAGGCUCCAAUGGUGGGGUUCAGAGACGGGCUGGUGGAAAUGAUCGAUGAAGAGGAUGCUUUGGCUUUGGAGAUGCAACCGACUACUGAGGAGGUUAGGGAAAAAGUAUGGGAUUGUGAAUCUACCAAGGCUUUUGGAAGUGAUGGGCACAACAUGAACUUCAUAAAGAAGUGUUGGGAUGAAAUUGUCCUGAGUUCAUGA